UAGAAUACCUCAUGGCUGGCAGAAACCAAAGUGCCGUAACAGAAUUCAUUCUUUUGGGGUUAACCGGUGAUGCCAUCCUUCAGGGCGUUCUCUCUGUGACAUUUUUGGGGAUCUAUGUUGUCACUUUAAUGGGAAACCUCAGCAUCAUUGUGUUAAUUAGGGUCAGUUCCAAACUUUACACCCCAAUGUACUUCUUCCUCAGCCAUUUAGCUGCUGUCGAUAUUGGGUAUUCCUCCUGUGUGACACCAGUAAUGCUUGGAAACCUUUUGGCUGAUCUCCAAGCCAUACCUUUGGCUGGUUGUAUUGCUCAGCUGUGUUCUGUGGUGACCUUUGGGACGACCGAGUGCUUCUUGCUGGCUGCUAUGGCUUAUGACCGAUACAUGGCUGUCUGUUGCCCACUGCUCUACUCUGGCAAAAUGUCCAACAAAGUCUGUACCCUGCUGGUAGUUGCUUCCUACAUAGGUGGCUGUGUGAAUGCUUGGACAUUUACCAGUUGCUUAUUAAAUAUAAAUUUCUGUGGGCCUAAUCAGAUAAACCACUUUUUCUGUGAUUUUGCUCCACUGUUGAAGCUUUCUUGUUCAGACAUUUUGGUCAUUAAAAUCAUCCCGUCUGUCUCCUCGGGGUCAAUAAUAGCGGUCACCGUGCUUGUCAUAGUCAUUUCUUACAUAUGCAUCGUCUUGACGAUCCUGAGGAUGAACUCAAGGGAAGGGAGGCACAGAGCUUUCUCCACUUGUACUUCCCACCUCACUGCUGUCACUCUGUACUACGGGACCAUCACUUUCAUAUAUGUGUUUCCCAAAUCCAGUUACUCGAUCAAUCAGAACAAAGUGGUGUCUGUGAUCUACACCAUUUUAAUCCCCAUGUUGAACCCUCUGAUCUACAGCCUGAGGAACAAGGACGUUAAGGAGGCCCUGCGAAAGGCAAUUGACAGGGAAAGGUUUUCUUAAUCAUAAUGACGGUUUGGCAGUGUUACAAUGUGGGAUAUGCCCAGGUUCCAUUUACUGAAGUUUGCUGAAGACAUUUUCGAAUCAUUCUUAGAAACAACAAUGUCCUGUCAGACCUCCCUGGUCACCCACCCACCAUUCUGAUCUAGAAUUUUAUUCAAAAUCAAGCAUAGCUUGUAAGAAAUCAAGUUUUAGAAAAAGCCAUAUUUUAAUGACAUUGAAAAUUAUUCAGAAUAAUGGAUCUUCUUUCCUUUUUCAAUCACCAUUGUCAUUUCUA